CACUCUUCUUUCUUCACUUCACUUCCGGUGUGUUGUCUCUUGUCGCCUUUAUACAUACUGGGCCAUUCACAGACUCUAUCCUUUAUUCCUAUUUCCUAUUCCAAUCUCUAAUACCUGUAUCACGACCUCUGCUUCAUGGCUAGGUGACCCCGUUGAUCCUCCCCACUUUUUUUUUUGGAGAUCUCCACUUGCGCCUAGCGCCAGCCUCUCCAACACCGACAUCAUAGUCGUUCGUUCAUUCCUUUCUCUCCACAUUUUCGGUCUAUUCUUUUCAACCACCCUUCAGCCAUGAUAGGAGAGGGUCGUGACGAGGCUGUUCGCCUCUAUGUCCCUCCAUUACUCGAUGAUGAGGAGAAUCGCAUCAAUCCCGACGCUUCCGAGGAUUUCCCGCCGCCUGAUGUCGAAGCCGGCAGCAGCCUACCUAUCUGGUUACAAGAAUCGUCCAAAUCUUUUCGCUGGGGCUGGGUACCGUUGCCACUAAGGAAAGCAGGUCGUGCGACUGUGAAUUGGAUCAAGGGUCCCGAUCCUCCACAUGUGCUUUUACUGAAGCCGCUAUUCCCUCGUCUCCAAGAACUGCCAGUACAGUACUUCGAACACUUUCUUCCGAAGCGCAAACAGAAAUUGGCUCUUUUGCUGCUGCUUUACACAUCGUGGUUUCUGCCUUGGUUCCUGGUUCUCCUACACUCGCGCUCCUCGGGGUAUAUUGAAGGCUACGGCCAGCUGCAGACUCUCUCAUGCUCCACAAAUUUCUGGGCAUUUGACAACGGAUGUGGUCUCAACGGAAACGACUGUCGCCCCUUCUCUGCCUCGACGGUGGCUUUCCGAUGUCCCGCUAACUGCCGCGAUACUAAGCUGCUAGAACCACAUGUGGUGGGGAACCAAACAUUCAACUACCAAGGCCUCGUGAUUGGUGGUCCACUGCCAGGAACCGACGAUCGUGGGAUCUACCGUGCUGACAGUUUCGUCUGUCAAGCCGCUAUCCAUGCAGGGGUCAUCUCGAACGAUGGCGGCUGCGGUGUCGCGAAGCUCGAAGGUGCAGCGCACUCUUUCCCAUCCGUCAAAAAGAAUGGGAUUCGAUCAGAGGAGUUCCCAUCGACAUUCCCAAAGUCUUUCAGCUUUCCCCAGCUGUCCUCUUCUCAGUCAAACUGCCCAGCCGAUCCGCGCUGGUCGCUUCUUGGAGUGACUGCUGCGGCCGUCGGGCUUCUGUGGCUCUUCUGCACGUCGCCGCCUGUCCUUUUCUUCAGUACAUUUUUCAUGGUCUUCUGCCAUACGGGGUUGGUUGCUGAUCCGCCAUCGUAUCCUUACCUGUCCGACCUUGUCUCUACGCUGCUCUCUCGACUGUUACCUGCAUCGUUCGUGAUUUAUGUUUUAUACAAGUUCUGUGCAUUCCCACUUCUUCAGCCGAUUAGGUCACCUAUCUAUCAGCUGGAGAAGCUGCUUUUGUUCCUUCCGAUGCUUUUCAUCGGAGCCUUGAACAAUUACACAUUUGCACGAUUGAUACCCCUUCAGCGUUUGACGCCAAUGGAUAUCCAGCAGCAGCCUGGUGCAAAAUUGGCCCUUGCAUUGGUAAUUCCAACUGUGCUCACUAUCGUUCUUAGCCAAGCAUGGCAGAUUCGGCAAGGUGGUCUCCUUCCGCGCUACCUCAAGAUUUACUGCACCAUGGGGCUGAUCAUCCUUAUUUUGCUCCCGCUGCCCGGCCUGCGACUCCGAAUCCAUCAUUAUAUCCUCGCCAUUCUGCUGAUGCCAGGCACCGCCUUUCCGACUCGCCCCUCCCUGGCGUACCAGGGGUUGCUCCUUGGUCUUUUCAUCAACGGUGUUGCGCGCUGGGGGUUCGCUUCUAUUAUCGAGACUCCCGCGGCCCUGGGAGAGCUAGCUCCAGGACGUGGGUCUCACGGAUGGUGGGGCUCCACAUAUCCCAACGUCACUGCUUCGUCCGUUCAAAUUGCAUUACCCGAGCCAGGGUCCGAUUUCAUGCACCGUGGCAAUGGUAACAUCACUUUUGCUCUAUGGGAACAUGAGCGAAUGUCCGAGCUUGCGGUGGAUGGAGUUUCGGUGCUGCUCAAUGACGUAGAACGCUGGCGUGGCUAUCUUGACGAGGAGAAACGCGGCGAAUUCACCUGGCAUCGCCAUGGGCACAACGGGCUUGAGCUGAACAAGAUGCCGAUCCUUGAGCCUCGCGGGGUAGACAGCGUCGAGCUGGAUACCCAGUCCAUCUUGCAGAGCGAUAUUGAUUCGGACGAAAAUGAUGAGCCCGAAGCACUGUUUUUCCGCUUCGCAUUCUUACGCGGUGCCGAGGCCGGCGCUUACGGCCCUACCGGCGUUUGGAGUAGCGACGGAACCUGGGUCCCACCUCCUUCUCCUAAACGGUAGCGUGGCUAUCUUAUUUUGCUUGGCCACUUUUGAUUUUAUCAUUUUGAUUCCUUGCUGGAUAGAUGACUAUACAACGGUGGUAUGUGUGUGCUGGACGCGCUCUGCCCAUGGGAGUGGUGACCCACCGAACUCGGUCAAGCUCCUGGAUGACUGCGUUACGUUGAAUGAACAUAUCAUGAACUUUGUCGAUACUUCUGACUUCGUUCCACUGUAUUGUAUUUCUAUCUAAACCUAAAUCGCAGACGUUUAUUGUAGAA